AUGUCCACUGAAAGACAUUCUCUUAUUGUCCUUAAACCAAUAAUACGUUCACCAACUCAUAAUGUUAUUAGAAUAGAACGUAAGCAAGAUUUAGAUACUGAUGAAAUACUACAUAUUGCUGGUGGUGAUCAUGCUGGAGUUAUUGUUAAUAAAUUUACUGGAACAUAUGAACCUUUAGAAGAGUAUGAUCUUCUAAUUAAUUUUUCUGUAUGGUUAACUAUACCUGGAGAAAAAAGUGAUGAAAAAAGACAAGAAAUUAGAAUUAUAAAAUUUAUUUUUGACAAUGUUACGGAGAAGGAUUUGCAGCAUGAGUGUGCUGAAAAAAUAUUUAAAGAUAUCAUUUCAUUAUUCCCAAGAGAUUAUUUGACUUUUAUAAAAAGAAUGUUAAAGAUAAUGGAAGAUGGAUAUGAAGAAAUUAGUGUUAUUGAAAUAGAUAUGAAGUUUGCUGAUGAAAAUGAAGUUAUUGAAAUGCCAAAUGAUUAUGACUCUGAACCAUCUGAUGUUGAAAUAACAAGUGCACAUGUACAGGAGUUACUUGAGCAUGCUUUUCCCAAUAGUUUAAAAGUUUCAAAUAUGGCUAAUGUACUAAAGUGUACAGAGGAUGAAAUACACAACUUUUUAAUGGAACUUGCGGAUAAAGCUAUUGUUGGGAAAGUUGAUAAUGAAGAUGAUGAAUGGAUUCGUAUUGAGAAACGACAUAUUGAUCAAACAAUUGCAUUUAAAAAACAGGAAGAAGGUUAUGAAGGAAAAGAGCAACCAACAAUAGCUAUUAUAACAAAUUUGUAUAGUGAAAAGAAAGCAAUUGAUGCAAUUAUUGAAAAUAGACAUACAUUCCAUAAAUAUAGGGCAUCUGGUGAAAAUAAUAUUUACACAACUGGAAAUAUUGGACCACAUCGUGUUGUUGCAACUAAGCUUCCUAGUGUAGGUGACAGUAAUUUUAAUGCAUAUAUAAGUGCAUCUGGUGGCACAACAAGACUUCUUGGUAAUUAUCAAGAUGUUGUUCAUGUUAUUAUAUUAGGAGCUGCUGGGGCUGUUCUCAAUUUUUCAAAUGUUUUUAAUUCAAAUGUUAAUUCUGUUAAAUUAGGUGAUGUAGUCGUUUCAAAUUCAAGAACUUUUACAAAUAAAGAAUCUCCAUCGUAUGUUUAUGCUAAUAAAUAUACAACUGAUAGAGAUACAGAUGAAUAUGAUGGUUAUUUAUGUUCAUCAUGGUCUCCAUCUGACAAUAUUUUGGCACAAAUUGCCUCACAAACAAAUGAUGCUUCUCUAAUGAAUGAUUGGGAGGUAUUUACACAAGAAAUAAUUGAUAGUUUAAAUGAAUCUGCUGGUGAUAACAGUUUUUCAAAACCAAAUGAAGCAGAUGUAUUGAAAGUCCCUGUUGGUGGUGGUAAUUUUGUCGCAAUACCACAUCAAAAUCCUGAAAGAUCAUCCUCAAAAAUACAUGUUGGUCCUAUUGGCGGUAUGAAAUCAAUUAUUGAAAAUGAAAAUGACAAUAAUAAAAGUAUUGCGAAUGAAUCACUUAAUUCAGAUUAUAUAAAAACUGUAUAUUAUAAUUUAAAAGAGAAAUUCACCAAAGAGAAUCAUCUUAAAGCUAUAGAUGCAGGUUCAGAAUCAAUUAUUUCAGCAAUUCAAGGAUCGUGUAUAGGAUCUUGGUCAUUAGUUCGUGGAAUUACAGAUUAUCAAAAUGGUUUGUCACGUAGUGGUCGCAUUUGGCAACCAUAUGCUGCAGCUAGGGCUGCUGGUUUGGUAAAAGCAAUUCUCGAAAGGCUUCCUCCUUCUUCUUAA